UGCGGACUUGGCGAGGACACUGUACCGCGAAUUGGCGUUCUUUACCUUCUUCAGCUUCCUGGCAGCUGCAUUGGCUCGCUUGCUUCGGAAUCGCGUGAACCCGCGACCUCCGCUGUACCGCUGAAUAUGAUGAGAUGGAAUGUUGACCACGCCCACUCUCUGGGGGUGUGGUCUCGGACCCACACAUGUUCGUUUAUGGGGCGGAGCACUCGUUUCAUCCUCCUCCCUCUUUUCCUUCUUCUUCCCCCUCAACUCCUCCAGCUAGUGGUGCAUCAAGGCCCCCCAGUGCCAUCCCCGGACCGUAGCUCCAUUCCAUUCCACCUUCCCCAUUCCCAACCCCCAUUCCACGUUCCCCGGUUCCCAUACCACCACCGCCGUCCUCGUCACGAUGCGAGGAACAGCACCAGUUCCGAGGGAGGUGGGAAAAAGUGAGGGGAGGCAAUCCUCCGGCGCCGAAACCCUGUUCAUUGUACUCCCUCGCAAUUUUGGUGGUGAUGCGAGUAUUGCGCAGUGUGUAGGUGAGGGAGUGGGGAUCGUUAGUGCUGGAUGGGGUGGGUGUGGCCUG